CUUCAGUUUAUAAAACGACAACUUUGUCAGCGCGUCGUACGCUGCCUACCCCAGUUUCUAAUUCUGAAGCGUUUCCUGUUAUUUUGAGAGGCUUUGUGAAACAUGGAUGAGGAAUCCAAGAUCACCUUGGCAGCGACCAACAAACAAGAGUGGCCAAACUCAACCCUAAAGUCACUGAACACAUUCCGGCAGGCUGGACACUCCUUAUGCGAUGUCUUCCUUCAAGGGGAGGAUGCAAUGGAACCGAUACCCGCCCAUCGGUGCGUGCUUGCUGCCAACAGCGUUUACUUCAAUGCCAUGUUCACAUCGGGGCUUGCAGAGAGUAAACCUGCCCACGGGAAGAUCACGAUCGGUGGGGUAGACACAGAGAUUCUGUCACUCGUUGUGGAGUUCCUCUAUGUGGGAAGCUGUCAUCUGCCGAGCGGCACCAAGCAUUCUAGAGUGAUGGACCUGCUUACUGCUUCGACCAUGCUGCAGGUUCAUGAGCUUUCCUGUGCAUGCACUAUCUACCUUGAAGAGAGCUUGGACACUGACAAUGCAUUAGAGCUGUGGCUGUUUGCCGAGAGUUACAGAAUUUCUGACCUGGCUGAGGCUUGCAAAAAGGUUGUCCAGUCGUACUUUUGGUCGAUCAGCAGGAGCCAGCGUGUGCUUGAGCUGGAUCCUCAGGAUAUGGAAGCCCUACUCAGUCUGGAGGAGGUCAAUUUAGGGAAGGCAGCAAAUGAGGACACCCUGGUUGAGCUUCUUCUGAGAUGGCUGACCUAUAACCCCAAAGCUCUAGACUCGGAUCUGCUUCCUGUUCUCACUAAGGUAUGUUGGAGUGAAGUCAGCCAAGAGUGCAAGGACAAAUUCAGAGAGACGCUUGCUGAAAUCUCCAAGGACAGUUCGUCAGAAUCUUUCGACGCUGAAAAGGUAUUUGAUGUCAUCUCAAAAUCUUCAUCUUUGAACCAAAGCUUCAAUCGAACAUUCUUCUGCCCCGUGUGUGCCAUUGGAUUUGCUCCGUUGUCAAGCAGUACAUGGGAUGUAUAUGGCCAUGAACCCAGUACCUUGGAGGUCGUAGACAUUGACAAGAGGACUGGCACCGUCCUCAGGCAGUGGUCCAGGGAGUUUCUCAGGGAGCAGUUCAGUUUCCUACCUCUCCGCGGUCACCUCUAUGCAUCAUCCAACACACGUUACAACACACAUUACAGCAGUACCAAGCAUAUUGAUGUGCUCUGCCUGAGUGUGGCUAACGUUAAGAAUACCAAAGUGAUGAGGACUAGAAGUUGUAAUGAAGAGUCAGUGUGGUUGAACGUGAUUGAAAAGCAACAUUAUACACGUGCCAUUGAUGAGGAAACGGGCAUUGUCUAUCUGUGUGGGGACCCAAAAGCGUGGGAUCAAAGCCGUGUCAAAACUUCUACACAGGUCUUCAAGCUGGAUAUCGAAAAUAAUGUCUGCUCUCAAUUGACCAGUCUCCCUUUUGAGAGAUGUCAUGAUAGAGCGGUAGUGGUAGAAGGAGACCUAUUUGUAUUUGGUUCAGUAGACCGGUCACCAACCCCUGUCUCGACUGUCCUGAAGUAUGACUGGAAGAACAAUGCGUGGCAAGAAGUGAGUCCCAUGCAUGAGUCCAGAAAAGAAGGAGCCUAUGCCUGUGUUGAUGGCAAGAUAUAUGCGUCAGGUGGAUGGACCUCGAAAGCUCGUUCAAGAAAUGUUGAAAUGUACGACCCUUCUCUGGACAUCUGGACAAAAUUGAGUCCAAUGUCGUUACCCAGGGUCAACCAUGGACUCGUUGCUGUGGGAAUGUAUCUCUUUGCUAUGGGCGGCGAGUCAACAUAUUCAGAAGAAGACAUUAUCUGGAACGGCCAUAAAAUGGUGGAAAGGUACAGCAUCACCGAAGGAUGCUGGAGGCUGCUUGGGAGAUGGCAGAGUGCAGAGAGGGGAUGCGGGCUUUCACCCUCUAGAACAGUGAUGUAA